AGAGAGAGGAAGAAUAAGUGCAGGAAUGGGAAUCAUCCCACUUUCGUUUCUGUUGCCAACAUGUGAAAUCAUGUGAUUUCCAGCAAGUCAGACAGCCCGCAUUAUAUAAACAAACAUUUCUAAACCAACAAUCAGAGAUUAGUCAUUGUUGGUUGAGGUUUAGGGGAGCAGACAGUCAGACGUAGUAGGUGGAGGUAACAGUGGCUGGACGCAACAGAAAUACUGCUGGUUUAGAAAAAGACUGAAUCCAUUACUGCAUUUGGACGAUUUGGGGAAUUCAAGCAAUAUGAGACAUCAGGCCUUAUUUUGCCUCUUGCUGCAGCUCAUUUUUGAGCUUUCUUCAUGCACACAUCUCCGAGUGGUACCCGGUUCCACCCUGCAGCUGCCCUGCCUCUCAUUCCAAACAGACUUCACUGGAGCAACCAUCACCUGGACAUACAACGGUAAAGAUAUAAGUCCUAGUGCUCAGUCACCUGGCUCGGCAGAAGUUAAAAAGAAUGGCUUGUAUCUCUCUAUCUCCCCUGUAACUGCUGCUCACGAGGGCACAUAUGUGUGUUUGGUAGAGGAGAACAAUAUGAAGAUGACAAGGACCUACAACAUCACAGUGGAUGCAUCAAUUGCCUAUAUGAUUACGGUACCCGAAGGCUCAACCACUCAUCUCCCGUGCUAUUUCCCACCUUCCAGCCAAGUUAAGGCCAAUGCAGUUUGGUUCAAAGAGACGGCCGAAGGCAAGAGGAAGCUGCAAUCAGAAGAGGCUUCAGUAGAUGAUACUACAAGAGUGGAACAGCUUUAUCCACUUGACCAAGAUCAGACCAUCAUAAUUAGAGAAACUGUCAAGGAGGAUGCUGGAAUUUACUCUUGUGAAUCUGUAGAGGGAGAGAAGCUCAGCAGUGUAUAUAUUACCGUUGAAGAUGCUCCCACCCCUGUUCCUCACUCGUGCAGUGGCUUCUUGACACCGUGGGAACCCUGUCAGGAUGAGAACAGUCGCACAGGGGAACCCCUGCUGCAGGAAUCCAUGGCAGAGUUCUCCAUGAAGUUGUAUUCGUACCUCAGAGAAUCAUAUCCCACUACCAACCUGCUCUUCUCUCCUAUUAGUAUCAACGGGGCACUCUCCCAUUUGUUGUUAGGUGCAAGAGGUGACACCCGCAGAGCCAUCCAGACGGCCGUGUGUGUGCCACAUGACUUCCAUUGUGUUCACUUCCAGAUGAAGAAGUUGAGAGAGAAGCUGGCCAGCUCCUUGCAGAUGGCUUCUCAGAUCUACUAUAACCCACAAAUCAGUCUGAGUGAGUCCUUUACUAACCAGUCGGUGCAGUUCUAUGAAGCGGAGCCCAUUAAGCUGCUGGAAACCAGUGAGGAAAACAAACAGAUGAUCAACAGCUGGGUGGCAAAUAAGACCAAAAAUAAAAUCACACAUUUGGUUGACUCCGUAUCACCCGAUGCCCAGAUGAUCCUGCUCAAUGCUGUCUCCUUCAGUGGUCAGUGGAAGGUCAAGUUUGAACAGAAACCCAAGAAAGGCCUUUUCACAAAACUGGAUGGUGAUCUCGUAAAAGUGCCUCUCCUCUAUCACCAGAAAUACCUGGCAGCUAUGACAUAUGAUGUUGAGCUAAAGGCACAGGUGGCGAGGUUUAGUCUCACGGGUGACAACAGUCUUUACAUCCUGCUGCCUCGCUCCAGCAAAGCUUCUGACCUGCUGCAGCUUGAGGAGAAGAUGACGGACAUAGCUGUGCAUCAAAUGAUAGAACAACUGAAAACAAUGUCCCCCCAGCAUAUUGAGGUCACUCUUCCCCAAAUUAAGCUGGAUGUGCAACCGGACUUGAACAUACUUCUCAAGAAAUUAGGACUGUCUUCACUCUUUGAGGGUAGCAACCUGUGUGGCCUCUACUCUGAAGACAAGAUGGUUCUGGGUGAUGCCAGACACAGAGCCUUCCUGGCACUGACCGCACGAGGAGUGGAAGCUGGCGCCGCCACCGCUAUGUCGUUCUCUCGCUCCUUUCCAUCCUUCUCUGCCAUGCGGCCUUUCGUCAUGCUGCUGUGGAGUGACCAGGCCAAUGUGCCACUCUUUAUAGGCAGAGUGACUGACCCAUGAGAGAGAGAGGGGAAGAAAGACAGACAGACACAGAAGGAGGGAGAGAAUAGAAAUGUAACAAGCACAUGAGCUAAGAAAGAUACAGUAAAUGUAGAGUCAAAGUCAUGUCAUUGUGUCACUAUGCUUUUUUUUCUGAAAAUUCAGUUGCUUUUUGAAGAUUUGAUGUGCAAAACAAGAUAAAUUCUCUGUAUCAGUAAAACUACAGGUAGUCAUCAAGGUCAAGUGACCCUUUGUUUUCAAAGAAGAUGAUGAAUAAACACAUAUUUACGCAACACA